AGGCAUGACAGCGGGCACUGGGUCAUCAGGCAUUGGAUCGUCUGGCUCGACAGCGGGCAUCGGGUCACCAGGCAUGACAGCGGGCACCGGGUCAUCAGGCAUCAGGUCAUUUGGCUCGACAGCGGGGCACCGCGUCAUUUGGCAAGGCAGUGAGCACCGAGUCACCAGGCACGACAGUGGGCUCUGAGUCAAUUGGCACGACAGCGGGCACCAGGUCAUCAGGUACCGGAUCGUCUGGCUCAACAGCAGGCACCGGGUCAUCUGGCGCUGGGAUCAUCUGGCUCGACAGCGGGCGGCGGGGGUCACCAGGUAAGACAGCGGGCACUGGGUCAUCAGGCGUGAUAG